UUAUUCUCAUAUUUAAUGGUUAUCAUUAAUGACACCACAAGUAAAAGGAUUCUCAAUUUUCAAAUUGUUUAGAAAAAGUCAGAAGUUUCUAGUGGGUGGUUUUGUUGGUGAAUGGAAGAUUUUAGAGUUAAAAGUUUGAGCUAACUCAACAGCCCAACUUAUUUGGAGAGUAUUGUGGCUCCUACUGAACAACCUCAAGAAUUUGUGGAAGCCAAUACCAGAAUAUUAAAGGGUUAUAUUUGGAAUUUGGAUUGAAAAGCAGGUGUCCGUGUUGUUUUCAAGUGAAGACUAAAUUGAUGCGUAUUAACAGAUGUUCUGGGAGUACUGAUACUUCCUGUGUUCUGUGGUACUGUGGUACUGGCUGUGUUUCUCUUAUAAACGAGUGCAAGCAAAUUUGUUGUAGUUGAUAAACCAAUAUGCCUAGUAAUUAUCUUUUUAGAGUAGGUGGUGCAUUGAGUCAGGGAAUCCGGAAAUCCAUUUCUGGGCAAGAAAGGGGGCUCCAAUUGGUGGAGAUUUUUUCUGAAGAGCGGUUGUUGUUUGGGAAGUCCUUCUGUUCUGUGCCAUCUGCAAGAUUGUCUGACCUGCAUGUGUUUGUAAGGUCUGGUGCUUUAGCAGCUGCACGAGCAAAUUUGAAUAUAGUUAAUCAAAGAAACAAUCUUUCUGUGGUCGGUGCUAUUCCUCAAACAUUUUCCAUACCAUCUGUGUCGGGGCCUGCAUUUCAGGUCUGUGGCUAUCACAUUGAUCGCCUGUUAGCUGUGCCUACUCAAGUUUCUAUAGAGACUGACUUUCACAAAGCACCUAUGGCCAUUUGUUGUUCAAGAACUUCUGUUGGCUGUUACUCGAGUAAAGUGACUUCUGGGCAUCUCAAACGUUGCUUUUCAGUAAAUAGUCCUAUUAAUUGUCAAAAAGCUAGCAUGAGUUUGAGAAAUAACAAUCAGCCCAAUAACUUUUUGGUUUAUGGAUAUUUUGCAUACAAUGUUGCAAAAAGCAAGGGCAACUCAAAUCUUUAUGAAGGACUUGGGUUCAAGGGUUUUCACAGUUCUUCAGAUGCAUGUAUCUCUGCUGGCGCUGCUCCUGAUGUGUGCUUUGAUAACUCUCUGCGUGAGGUACACCGUGCAAGUUCAGCAAAUUCUUCUGAACAGAAUAUCCAUAUUGACAGAAGCCUGAAGCUUAAUUCAGGAUCAUGUUACCUGCCUCACCCUGAUAAAGAAGAAAAAGGUGGAGAGGAUGCUCAUUUUAUUUGCAUUGAUGAACAAGCAAUUGGCAUAGCUGAUGGUGUUGGUGGAUGGGCUGAUGUCGGUGUUGAUGCUGGAGAAUACUCUCGAGAACUGAUGUCAAACUCAGUAAUGGCAAUUCGUGAGGAACCAAAAGGUUCAGUAGAUCCAGCUAGGGUACUGGAGAAAGCUUAUACACGCACAAGAGCCAAAGGGUCCUCAACUGCCUGCAUUAUUGCCCUUACAGAUCAGGGUCUCCAUGCCAUUAACUUAGGAGAUAGCGGAUUUAUGGUAGUUAGAAAUGGUAGUACUGUUGUCAGAUCCCACGUGCAGCAGCAUGAUUUCAAUUUUACAUAUCAGCUGGAGAGUGGUAGUGCCGGUGAUUCACCAAGCUCUGGGGAGGUGUUUAAAAUAACCGUUGCUGCAGGAGAUGUCAUCAUUGCUGGAACUGAUGGGUUGUUUGACAAUUUGUAUAGCAGCGAUAUAACUGCAGUAGUGGUGCAUGCUACGAGAGCUAACUUACCACCUCAGGUUGCAGCUCAGAAGAUAGCUGCAUUGGCUCGGCAAAGAGCACUGGACAAAAACAGGCAAACCCCUUUCUCCACUGCAGCCCAAGAAGCUGGCUUCCGUUACUAUGGUGGGAAGUUGGACGAUGUAACAGUGGUUGUGUCUUACAUAACCAGUGACAAAAAUGAAACUCCAACAGCUUGAAGAUUUAGUUAAAGAGGUUUUAUACGUAUAUCGACUAACAGGUUCGUCUUUGUGAAAUUCAAAUUGCUUUACUUGGCGGUCAGUUUUGAUGCUUCAUGCGGGAUAAGUUCAGACCUAGCCAUUUAAGUGCUCUUCCACUUGUAUAUAUCCCUAUACCCCAUUCCUCAUCCUAUGCAAAACCCUAUAAGCCCUCUCUGCCCCUCUUAAGGAGAAGAAAGCUGUACAAUACAUAUUGGAUUUCUGCCGUAAGUUACGUAUGCCUUAAUAGCAAUUCCAAAAUGUAACAAAAUAUUACCAGAAAAGUCCAAACUUUUAAAUGACUCUAUUUUAGAUAGAGUGUUUGUACAAUACAUAUUGGAUUUAAGUUAUAUUCCUCCGUUCCAUUUUU